ACAUCGGGGAGUGACAACACCAAGGUCUACACUGCCGGAAACCUAAAAGAAGAAGAAGCCCAAGAAGAAACGGAAGUUACGGAAGCUUUUUUUCCCCUGAAGAAGCUAGAUAAACAAACACAAGCAGGACGUAUUUUAUUACAUAUAUUAAGGAGUCUGGACAAAUUUAGAUAUUUUUCGAUGAAUAUAUACGUCUACCAGGAAUACAUCCGUGAAUCCCUCAUAGGUGAGGCAAAGAAUAGCUAGCUGUAGCCUUGCUUAGCUAGCUGGCAAGCAAGCUGUACGAGCUUGUAGCAGUUAGCUCGUCAUGUUUGUUCUGGUGCUGGGGCGAAGGAGCGCGACAUGAUGGCAUGAAACUGGCGCAGUGUUAGCUGCACUCUCACGCAAAGAUUGGAAGGUUGUGGGAAACUUGGCGCAAGUUUGAACCGGAACUGCACUCUGAGAUCUCCAUAUCGUCACCAUGGCGUGGGCUCUGAAAUUACCUCUCACUGAUGAAGUGAUUGAGUCCGGACUGGUCCAGGACUUUGAUGCCAGUCUCUCGGGCAUUGGGCAGGAGCUUGGUGCUGGGGCAUACAGCAUGAGCGAUGUGCUUGCCCUCCCCAUCUUCAAACAGGAGGAGUCCAACCUGCCUCCAGACAGCGACAACAAGAUCCUUCCCUUUCAGUAUGUUCUGUGUGCAGCUACCUCGCCGGCCGUUAAACUGCACGAUGAAACACUCACCUACCUCAACCAAGGACAGUCCUAUGAAAUUAGAAUGCUUGACAAUCGGAAAAUUGGGGAACUUCCUGAAAUCACUGAUAAAAUGGUGAAGAGCAUCAUCCGUGUGGUGUUUCAUGACCGACGACUUCAGUACACAGAACACCAGCAGCUGGAGGGCUGGCGCUGGAACAGGCCCGGGGAUCGCAUUCUCGACCUGGAUAUCCCCAUGUCCGUCGGCAUAAUCGACCCCAGGGCUAACCCUACUCAGCUUAACACUGUGGAGUUCCUUUGGGACCCAUCAAAAAGAACCUCAGUUUUUAUCCAGGUACACUGCAUCAGCACAGAAUUCACAAUGCGCAAGCAUGGAGGAGAAAAGGGUGUGCCUUUUCGGGUCCAGAUUGACACGUUUAAAGAGAAUGAGAAUGAAGAGUACACAGAACACCUCCACUCUGCCUCCUGUCAGGUCAAAGUCUUCAAGCCUAAAGGUGCAGACAGAAAACAGAAGACUGACAGGGAGAAGAUGGAGAAGAAGGCCCCACAGGAAAAGGAAAAGUACCAGCCCUCUUAUAAAACCACAAUCUUGACGGAGUGCUGUCCCUGGCCUGAGGUCACAUAUGUGAGCAACUCCCCAUCUCCUGGCUUCAGCACAAGCACACACAACAGCUUCCCAGUUGCGGAAGGGAAUGGAUCGCCAACCCAUCAGCCUGAGCCUGUCGUUCAGGUAGCAGAUAAUUUGUUACCCACAGCAACACCACAGGAUGCACAACAGUGGCUUUUGAGAAACCGCUUCUCGCCCUUCUGUCGUCUCUUCACCAACUUCUCAGGGGCAGACCUGUUGAAGCUGACCAGGGAGGAUGUCAUUCAGAUCUGUGGGCCAGCUGAUGGUAUAAGACUCUUCAAUGCACUGAAAGGACGGGUGGUUCGCCCGAGGCUGACCAUUUACGUUUGCCAGGAGUCUCAGCAGGCCCGGGAGCAGCAACCCAAGCAUGAAAACGGAGAUGCUGCCGCCAACACUUUCUUUGUAUAUCACGCCAUUUACCUGGAGGAGCUCACAGCUGCUGAGCUGACAGAGAAGAUCGCUCAGCUCUUCAACAUCUCACCCAGGCAGAUAAAUCAGAUCUUCAAACAGGGACCCACUGGCAUCCAUGUGCUGGUCAGCGACGAGAUGAUUCAGAACUUUCAAGAUGAAGUUUGUUUUGUUUUGGACACAAUGAAAGAUGACUCUAAUGAUGGCUACCACAUCAUCUUGAAGUGAAUACGGGGCAAGAGAAAAACAUUGCCCUCUUCUUUAGACUCGAUCCAGUCAGCCCCUCUAGAGCUUCAUAUUCCUCACUGUCCCUGGAAUAUGUGGGGGCGUCCGGAGAAACAUCUUGAGGCUGCUAGGAACAUGCGACUAAAUCACCUGGCCCUCUUCUCACUAUACCUUAUUGUCUUACUUCUGAGUAAGUGACUGUUACCACAGUGAAGUGGAAAAAUCUCCUUCUCGCCUGCCAUUGUCUCCCUUAAACGGUUGCAUUUCCUUCUGUCGCCUAUGUCUCAUGAAAGAGGUUAGAAGCACUGCAGCUGCUAUCACGGUUUAUUUGUUAGCUGAGCAGCUGGUGUGUCAAAGCUCUGUGCUUCAGAAACAGUUUGUCAUCUCUUUAUAAAACCAACAACCAAAAAAAAUCAAAGCGACAGAAAGGGAGAUAGUUACCCUGAUAGUAAGUGACUUUCAGCCUGCAAAGCAGCAUGAUUUCUCCUCUUCAUGUUAGGUGGCCUUACCGGGAUCCACUUAAGGGUUUCUGCAAGAAACAUGGUGUAGCAAACACAAUCAAACAGUCGCAAACAAAGCACCACAAGAGACAGCAAAUCAGCAAUCAGGACAUCAAGGGAAACGCUUGGCAUCCAGCUGUCCUCCAAAACAUCUGGGAUCCCUUUUUAAAAGCUAACGAUUUCAGUAUUUUCCUGGUUUGAACAGUUACUUUUGAGAAGAUUUCCCAAACACUGUCAGAUCCUUGUAGUUAGUGUGGAGCUCACAUUGGCACUCGUGGUUGUUCCUUCUGAACCUUGAACGAUGAUGAAACACUGUCUAUGUUAGUGAUCACAGUGGCUCCACCAGCAAACCGUCUCUGGCCCACGUACUUCCUGUCCCGAUCAGCUUUUUAGCACAUCGUCAUGUUUAUUUUUGGCCAUUUUCAACAUCAUUUGUAAAUAGAUUUGAAAAAAAUCAAAUUUCACAAGGAAUCAUGUGGCAGUUUUUUUAAAAACAUACUCAUGUCCCUUGUUUUUAUUGUUUUUGGAUGUUAAUAAUUUGUUGGGCACACCAGAGCUGCAUGUGAAGAGAUGUAGUUAGUUUAUGUUCAGUCCAUUGUGCUGCUUACAUGAAAAUGAUAGCAUGUCAUUUUAGAUAUCCAUCUUUGCCCCAUCUCAUCAGCGUUUAUUAAAAGACUUACCCAUGUA